UUUUUCAAAGGUCAGAGCAGAUUGAACCUGUGUGGUUUCAUUUUCCCUGAUUUUGAUUUUUCUCAUGGGGAACCUGUGUGGCUGCAUUCAAGGUGACUCAAAGAAGCCUUCCAAAAAGCGUGUGAAAAAGGAGACCUACUCUACUACCAAGGUGACUUCAGGGAGCACAUUCAAUGAGAAUACAAGAAGAUAUGCUGUGCACACCAACCAGUGUCAGAGACCUCCUGGCUCCCGGGUAAAGAAGAAGAGGUACCCACAAGAAGAUGACUUCCAUCAUACAGUCUUCAGCAACCUUGAAAGAUUGGACAAGCUUCAGCCCACUCUUGAAGCCUCUGAGGAGUCUCUAGUUCACAAGGACAGAGGAGAUGGAGAGAGGCCAGUCAACGUGAGGGUGGUGCAGGUGGCCCCUCUGAGGCGUGAAUCUACUCCCCAUGAGGACGCCGUACACGACAUCACUAACGAGGACGCCACACACGACAUCGCUAACGAGGACACUGUACACCACAUCACUAACGAGGCCGCCGACAAGGGCAUCGCCAACGAGGACGCCGCCCAGAGCAUCGCCAACGAGGGCGCCGCCCACGGAAUCGCCAGCGAGGAUGCCGCCCAGGGCAUCGCCAACGUGGUCGCCGUCCAGGGCAUCGCCAAGGAGGACGCCGCCCACGGCAUCGCCAACGAGGACGCCGCCCACGGCAUCACCAGCGAGGACGCCGUCCAGGGCAUCGCCAACGAGGACGCCGCCCAGGGCAUCGCCAACGAGGGCGCCGCCCACGGAAUCGCCAGCGAGGAUGCCGCCCAGGGCAUCGCCAAGAAGGACGCCAUCCAGGGCAUCGCCAAGGAGGACGCCGUCCACGGCAUCGCCAAGGAGGACGCCACCCAGGGCAUCGCCAACGAGGACGCCGCCCAGGGCAUCGCCAACGAGGACGCCGCCCACGGCAUCGCCAGCGAGGACGCCGCCCAGGGCAUCGCCAGCGAGGACGCCGCCCAGGGCAUCGCCAACGAGGACGCCGCCCACGGAAUCGCCAGCGAGGAUGCCGCCCAGGGCAUCGCCAACGUGGUCGCCGCCCAGGGCAUCGCCAACGUGGUCGCCGUCCAGGGCAUCGCCAGCGAGGACGCCGCCCACGGCAUCGCCAGCGAGGACGCCGCCCAGGGCAUCGCCAGCGAGGACGCCGCCCAGGGCAUCGCCAACGAGGACGCCGCCCACGGAAUCGCCGGCGAGGAUGCCGCCCAGGGCAUCGCCAACGUGGUCGCCGUCCAGGGCAUCGCCAACGAGGAUGCCGCCCACGGCAUCGCCAACGAGGACGCCGCCCACGGCAUCGCCGGCGAGGACGCCGCCCACGGAAUCGCCAGCGAGGAUGCCGCCCAGGGCAUCGCCAACGUGGUCGCCGUCCAGGGCAUCGCCAAGGAGGACGCCGUCCAGGGCAUCGCCAAGGAGGACGCCGCCCAGGGCAUCGCCAGCGAGGACGCCGCCCAGGGCAUCGCCAGCGAGGACGCCGUCCACGGAAUCGCCAGCGAGGAUGCCACCCACGGAAUCGCCAGCGAGGAUGCCGCCCAGGGCAUCGCCAAGGAGGACGCCGCCCAGGGCAUCGCCAACGUGGUCGCCGUCCAGGGCAUCGCCAAGGAGGACGCCGUCCACGGCAUCGCCAAGGAGGACGCCGCCCACGGCAUCGCCAGCGAGGACGCCGCCCACGGAAUCACCAGCGAGGAUGCCGCCCAGGGCAUCGCCAAGGAGGACGCCAUCCAGGGCAUCGCCAAGGAGGACGCCAUCCACGGCAUCGCCAAGGAGGACGCCACCCAGGGCAUCGCCAACGAGGACGCCACCCAGGGCAUCGCCAACGAGGACGCCGCCCACGGAGUCGCCAGCGAGGAUGCCGCCCAGGGCAUCGCCAACGUGGUCGCCGUCCAGGGCAUCGCCAAGGAGGACGCCGUCCACGGCAUCGCCAAGGAGGACGCCGCCCAGGGCAUCGCCAACGAGGACGCCGCCCACGGCAUUGCCAGCGAGGACGCCGCCCAGGGCAUCGCCAACGAGGACGCCGCCCAGGGCAUCGCCAACGAGGACGCCGCCCAGGGCAUCGCCAACGAGGAUGCCGCCCACGGAAUCGCCAGCGAGGAUGCCGCCCAGGGCAUCGCCAAGGAGGACGCCGCCCAGGGCAUCGCCAACGAGGACGCCGCCCAGGGCAUCGCCAACGAGGACGCCGCCCAGGGCAUCGCCAACGAGGACGCCGCCCAGGGCAUCGCCAACGAGGACGCCGCCCAGGGCAUCGCCAACGAGUACGCCGCCCAGGGCAUCGCCAUUGCUAAUGACACCGUACAAGACAUGCUAUCGAGGACGCUGUACAGGACAUCGCUAAUGAGGGCACUGUACAAGACAUCACCAAUGAGGGCACUUUAUACGACAUUGCUAAUGACACCGACAAGGCACGCUAACGUGGACGCUGUACACAACAUUGCUAAUGAGGACACCGUAUAAGACAUCGCUAGUAACUAUCGCAAGAACAAAAAACCAAACACCGCAUAUUCUCACUCGUAGGUGGGAAUUGAACAAUGAGAUCACAUGGACACAAGAAGGGGAAUAUCACACUCUGGGGACUGUUGUGGGGUGGGGGUGGGGGGGAGGGAUAGCAUCGGGAGAUAUACCUAGUGCUAGAUGAUGAGUUAGUGGGUGCAGCGCACCAGCAUGGCACAUGUAUACUUAUGUAACUAACCUGCACAAUGUGCACAUGUACCCUAAAACUUAAAGUAUAUAUAUAAAAAAAAAGACAUUGCUAGUGAGCACGCUGUAUACGACAUCGCUAAUGAGGACGCUAUAUAUGACAUCGCUGAUGAGGACAUUGUAUACGACAUCACUAAUGAGGACACCAUACAAGGCAUCGCUAACGAUGACGCUGUACACAACAUCGCUAGUGAUGACACCGUAUAAGACAUCGCUAAUUAUGACGCUGUAUACGACAUCGCUAAUGACACCAUACAAGGCAUGCUAAUGAGGAUGCUGUACACGACAUCACUAAUGAGGACAGUGUGCAAGCCAUCGCUAAUGAGGACACUGUAUAUGACAUCGCUAACGAGGACACUGUACAAGGCAUUGCUAACGAGGACGCUGUACACAACAUCGCUAAUGAGGACACCAUAUAAGACAUCACCAAUGAGGAUGCUGUAUAUGACAUCGCUAAUGACACCCACAAGGCAUGCUAACGAGGAUGCUGUAGACGACAUUGCUUAUAAGGACACCGUACAAGACAUCGCUAACCAGGACACUGUAUACGACAUCGCUAAUGAGGACGUUGUAUAUGACAUCGCUAAUGAGGAUGCUUUACAAGACGUAGCUAAUGAGGUUGCUGUAUAUGACAUCGCUAAUGAGGACAUUGUAUAUGACAUCGCUAAUGAGGACGCUCUAUACGAUAUCACUAAUGAGGACGCUGUAUACAACAUCGCUAAUGAGGACGCUGUAUAUGGCAUCGCUAAUGAGGAUGCUGUAUACGAAUUCGCUAAUAAGGACGCUGUAUAUGACAUUGCUAAUGAGGACACUGUACAAGACAUCGGUAAAAAAGAAGAUGCUGCCAAUGAGCCAUUGACACUGGAGAAUGAUACGUACCCUGAAAGAACUCACUUCCUGAGGAAAAAGCGCCAUCUCUAGGGACUUUAAAAAGCACUCAUGUUUCCAGCCUCACUGUUGACUCCUGGCUUAAAGGGAUCUCCCGGGGUGAGUGAGGAGGCGGGAUCGGACCCUGGCAGUCUGACGGCAGCACCUGUGUUCCUCUGCACUGGGCCGUGGAUGACAUUACACACCUUGCCACUCCCACGGUCCUGUAUGUUCCGGAUAUUUAAAAAUAAUGGCUAUAAGGUUGAGCACUUCAGGAUAUGCUGUUUUGCUGUGUGCAGAUGGAGGCAGUGGCUGGAGUGAAUGAACGGCAACACUUGCUGGCAACCGGCAGAAGCUGAGAGACAGGGAACAGGCUCUCCUCCAGAGCCUCCAGGAGCCAGGCCUUUGGACACCUUGAAUGUGGGCUUCUGGGAGACCAUGCGUUUCUGUUAUAAGCAGCCCAGUCUCUGGCAGUUUUUACGGCUGCCCCCGAACACUCAUCUAUACCUGUCUGACAAGGUCAAGCUCCAAGGAAGGGAUUCUCUACAUAUCUACAUUGUUUGCAGAUUUUACAAUAAUCAUUUAUUCUUGCAUGGCUGAUCAUUGUUAACCAAUACAAAUAAAAUAAUAAAGAAAUGACCCACAUUUUA